AUGCCAUCGACGAAUCCAUUUGGAUUACCUUUGAAAAUUAAUGUUCCAUCGACCAUGCCAAAAUUCAAUUUGCGGACGCCACUUGGCAACAGUUUCCCCACGCCACGAAGUCAUGAAUUUUCCCUUUUAAUGGGUCUCCCAUCCCCCCAAAUUGAUCACUCGCAAUUGCCAAGUGUACUUGCUAUGACCAAUGCAGGGGUACACCCCCCAACAAGUGGUCAACGUACCCCUAGUCUUGAUACCUUCCUUACAAGUGGCCCACCCAGUCUUUCCCGUGGGACGGGAAAUUUCUUAACACUUGGGCUCUUUCCUACUCCACGACUCACAGAUCGAACACCAGGUGGAACAGAUGACUCGAUGAUGAACGAUUACAUGAAACUUAUGGGUCCCGAUACCCCAAUGACGUUUCAUGCAAAUACCCAUUUUGGGGGUGGUGCUACACCACUGUUGGAAAACUUGGGUAAUGUCUUUGAACAUGCCACAACGGGGAAUUUGCCACGAAACCAUAUGACCACAAUGCAUUCCCAUGGUCCACAAAGAAUGAAAAUGGACUUUUUAUCGCCUCGUGGUUUUGCGGCCCAUAAUUUUCAAACACAAGGAUUUCCCACAUCAACGUCAGUUGGAGACAUGAAUACUGGAUCGUCUGAUUAUGCUGCCCAAUUCUUUGUGGACCAUAAGAAUGACAAAAAUCGCAGUCACAUGAAAACUUCCAGUGUCUCUGCUGCCACAACUCCAACGCCAAAACCCACGGGUGUCACUGCUGCGUAA